AUGCACUAUAAACAUUGUUCAUCCAGUGAGAGCAUAGACGCCGUCCCUGAUUAUGAGACUCUUAGUACGUAUUUUAUUCUGGAAUUGAUAAUCUUACAAGGACACUCCCUCUUUUAUCUCGAAUUCUUGUUUCUGCCAGAUAUAUUUGAAGUGAAUCAUCAUACUCAAGCUAUGCGGACACUUUGGAGCCAUGUACACUCUGCUACUAUUUCGCUCUUUCUGUUUCACUACACCGCGACAUCUCUAGGUCUUGCUUGUGACCAAGUCGUUGUUGAUGGCUCCAAAUGGAAUUUCAGUGAUCUCGGAGGACCACGUUCGGUAAUGCAUAGUAUCGAUGAAAUAGUUAGUUUCAAAAACACGACAUUUACAAUUGAUAUUUGCCAGGGCUUAGUUUUGGAAGAAAGAAAGUCUGGAGAGAAGCUUUGCCCUUUUGGAUCAAGGGUAUGUGCUAUGGAACGAAUUACCACCGAAAAUACUAGUAUCCUUGAACGUGGAUGGCCCAUAGCGGGUGAGUUAAAAGAACAUUCAGGAGGACAUAUGGACGAAAAAUGGCAGAUACUCAAACCUUCCGGACAGGAGGAUGAUAUCGAAGGACUUAGGCUUGAGAUGAGCGGAGGAUUCCUCAUUAGAGACGACGGAAAGAAGAAAUCCCAAAAAGCAAUUGUUGACUUCAUAUGUGAUCCUACUCGCUUUGGUAACGAGAACCUACUGGAUCCUGAAGAUAAAUAUGUUCAACCAAAACUCAAACGCAAGAAGAGUGUUCAGACGCGUGAACCCAAAGAUGAUGAAAACUUAGAUACACAGAGCUCUAGUCUAACUUUUAUUGAAUACAAUCAAAACUUGGAAGAAUUCGACACUUUGCAUCUGUCCUGGAAAACAAAGUUUGCUUGUGCAAGCACAAUAGAACACAAGGACCCGGCAGAAAAACACUGGGGAAUUUUCACUUGGUUCAUAAUAGUUGGCUUCCUCUCUACUGCUUCAUUUCUUAUUUUUGGUUCAUGGAUGAACUAUUAUAGAUAUGGUGCUAGAGGCUUGGACUUACUUCCACACUCCGAUACAAUCAGGGACAUUCCAUACCUUCUAAAAGACUGGAUAAGAAGAGUUCUAAAAACUAUACAAGGCGGGAGCGGGAGUAGAGGAGGAUAUGCAGCGGUUUAA